AUUUUGUUAAAACCCUCAGAACAAAUCCUAGGAAGAGACUAGAGAGAGGAGAGCUUGCAAAGGAACCUCAAACGCCCAGAAACUCCCUCGCCGGCCGUACAUCCCGGCGUGACCUCCGAUUCCGGUGAAGUUACCGAGCUCCGUCUUCCCAGCGCAAGACUCUCCGACGACAUCCAUUAGGGAGCUUGACUGGGUUGCUGAAGCUUUCUUUCCGGUUCAACGCCCUCUCCCGGUCCGGUCCGACACAACCUCGGAAUCCUCGGCGGUUCAGCUAAAGAAUUCCUGGAGAGAAAGUAAAAGAAACUGCGAAAAAGGUUUUUGACUCUUUGAGGAGUUGGCUCUGGGUGAGCAAAAGAGCAAGAAAUGGAAAAGGCGUCUAGCUAUUUAUGGAGGAAAUAUGCUGACUAUGUGUGGACGAAGUGGGAAAGAAUGCUCAUCUGGAACAUGGUUGAGCCAUAUAUGAGGCCCAAAUCAUUCACGCCUGUGGUUACUAUCUAUGUUGCUGCUUUCUAUACUGGGGUUGUUGGUGCUGCUAUUACUGAGCAACUUUACAAGGAGAAAUAUUGGGAAGAUCACCCUGGGGAGAUUGUGCCUUUAAUGAAGCCAACAUUCUAUCCCGGACCUUGGAAGGUAGCGAUGGGGCAGGUUCCUGCCCAUUUGAGAGAGAAUAGCGGUUGAAUUUUGACAUAAUUUUGCAGACUAAAAUAUGCUAUUGCUUGUGAAAAUAUGAGAAAGAAAAGAAAGAAGCCCUCCUUGCUAAUACUAGAUUACUAAUAAUACUUGCUUUUCCUGUUUGACCAUGACCAUGUGGUGUGCAUCUGAUAUUUUACAAGAGAGCCCUUUUCACAAUUAUUGGUUACAACAGAACACUAUUCCUUUUGGUUCACAAUUAUUUCAGCCUAUUCUCAUCACAUCUCUA